AUGUCGUCCUCCGACGAGGAGACCCUCAGCGAGCGGUCAUGCCGGAGCGAACGGUCGUGCCGGAGCGAGCGCUCCUACCGCAGCGAGCGCUCGGGCAGCCUCUCCCCCUGCCCGCCCGGGGACACCUUGCCCUGGAAUUUGCCCCUCCACGAGCAGAGGAAGCGGAAGAGCCAGGACUCGGUGCUGGACCCGGCCGAGAGGGCUGUCGUCAGGGUCGCAGAUGAACGGGACAGAGUCCAAAAGAAAACCUUCACUAAAUGGGUCAAUAAACACUUGAUGAAGGUGCGCAAGCACAUCAACGACCUCUACGAAGACUUGCGAGAUGGCCACAACCUCAUCUCCCUCCUGGAGGUGCUGUCGGGAGUGAAGCUGCCGCGUGAGAAGGGGCGGAUGCGUUUCCACCGGCUGCAGAACGUGCAGAUUGCCCUGGAUUUCCUGAAGCAGCGACAGGUGAAACUGGUGAACAUUCGCAAUGAUGACAUUACAGACGGCAACCCCAAGCUCACCCUGGGGCUCAUAUGGACGAUCAUCCUCCACUUCCAGAUCUCCGACAUCUACAUCAGCGGGGAGUCGGGGGAUAUGUCGGCCAAGGAGAAGCUGCUUCUGUGGACACAGAAGGUGACGGCAGGUUACAUCGGGGUGAAGUGCACCAACUUCUCGUCAUGCUGGAGCGAUGGGAAGAUGUUCAACGCCCUCAUCCACAGAUACAGGCCAGAUCUGGUGGACAUGGAGAGGGUGCAGAUCCAGAGUAACCGGGAGAACCUGGAGCAGGCCUUCGAGAUCGCCGAGAGGCUGGGGGUCACACGGCUGCUGGAUGCCGAAGAUGUGGACGUCCCCUCUCCGGACGAGAAAUCCGUGAUAACUUACGUGUCUUCCAUCUACGAUGCCUUUCCCAAAGUCCCCGAGGGAGGAGAAGGGAUCAGCGCUAUCGAGGUGGAUUCGAGGUGGCUGGAGUACCAGAGCCGUGUGGAGUCCCUCAUCUCGUGGAUCAAACAGCACACGAUACUCAUGUCCGAUAAAUCCUUCCCCCAGAACCCUGUAGAGCUAAAGGCACUUUAUAACCAGUACAUACACUUCAAAGAAACUGAAAUCCCAGCGAAAGAGCAGGAAAAAGGAAGGAUAGAGGAGCUCUACAAACUGUUAGAGGUGUGGAUUGAAUUUGGACGCAUCAAGUUGCCCCAGGGCUACCACCCCAACGACGUGGAGGAGGAGUGGGGCAAGCUCAUCAUAGAGAUGCUGGAGCGUGAGAAGCUCCUGCGGCCGGCGGUGGAGAGGCUGGAAUUGCUGCUACAAAUUGCUAACAAAAUCCAGAAUGGUGCUCUGAGCUGUGAAGAAAAACUCACUCUGGCGAAGAACACGCUGCAAGCUGACGCUGCUCACCUGGAGUCGGGCCAGCCGGUGCAGUACGAAUCCGACGUGGUCGUGUAUCUGCAGGAGUGCGAGGGGCUCAUCCGCCAGCUGCAGGUGGAUGUGCAGAUCCUUCGGGAUGAGAAUUACUACCAGCUGGAGGAGCUGGUGUUCAGGAUCAUGCGGCUGCAAGAUGAGCUGGUGACGCUGAGGCUGGAAUGCACUAACCUGUACAGGAAAGGCCACUUCUCCACCCUGGAGCUGGUGCCCACGUCCACGCUGAGCACGACGCACUUGAAGGGCGAGUCCCUGACGAAAGGGCUGCACACCUCCUCUGCCUCCUGGUUCCGGAAGCCCAUGACCAGGACAGAGCUGGUGGCCAUCUCUUCUUCCGAAGACGAAGGCAGCCUCCGGUUCGUGUACGAGCUGCUGGCCUGGGUGGAAGAAAUGCAGAUGAGACUGGAGCGGGCAGAGUGGGGGAGCGACCUGCCAAGCGUGGAAACCCAGCUGGAGACCCAGCGGCACGUCCACACCAGCGUGGAGGACCUGGGCUCCAGCGUAAAGGAGGCCCGGAUGUACGAGGGUAAAAUGUCUCAGAAUUUCCGUGCUAGCUACACGGAGACGCUUGGCAAGCUGGAGACGCAGUACUGCAAGCUGAUGGAAACCUCGAGCUUCCGGCUGAGGCACCUCCAGAGCUUGCACGGGUUUGUGUCCCGGGCCACCGCUGAGCUGAUUUGGCUGAAUGAGAAGGAGGAGGAGGAACUGGCCUACGACUGGAGCGACAACAACCCUAACAUUGCAGCCAAGAAAAACUACUUCUCGGAGCUGACGACGGAGCUGGAAGAGAAGCAGGACAUCUUCCGCUCCCUCCAAGACACAGCCGAGCUGCUGUCCCUGGAGAACCACCCGGCCAAGCAAACCGUAGAGGCCUACAGCGCUGCCGUGCAGAGUCAGUGGCAGUGGAUUAAGCAGCUCUGCCUGUGCGUGGAACAGCACGUGAAGGAGAACGCCGCCUAUUUCCAGUUCUUCAGUGACGCCCGGGAGUCGGAGACCUACCUGCGCAACCUGCAGGACUCCAUCAAAAGGAAGUAUUCUUGCGACCAUAACACGAGCCUGACGCGGCUGGAGGACCUGCUGCAAGACUCCAUGGACGAGAAGGAGCAGCUCAUUCAGUCGAAGAGCUCCGUUGCCAGCCUGGUGGGACGGUCCAAAAGCAUCGUUCAGCUCCGGCCCAGGAACCCAGAGCACCUUGUGAAGAGCACGAUCCCCAUCAAAGCUGUUUGUGACUAUCGGCAGAUCGAGAUCACCAUCUGCAGGAACGACGAGUGCGUGCUGGAGGACAAUUCCCAGAGGACCAAGUGGAAGGUGAUCAGUCCCACGGGGAACGAGGCCAUGGUGCCCUCUGUCUGCUUCCUGAUCCCCCCGCCCAACAAAGAGGCCAUUGAGAUGGCCAGCAGGGUAGAACAGUUGUACCAGAAAGUGAUGGCUCUCUGGCACCAGCUCCACAUGAACACAAAGAGCCUCAUCUCCUGGAACUACCUGCGGAAGGACAUAGCCCUGGUGCAAAGCUUCAGCAUGGAGAAGCUCCGGUCCUUAGCACAAGGGGAGUGCCAGCAAGCCAUGAAGAGCCUCCAGGCGCACUACGAGGAUUUCCUGCAGGACAGCCGCGACUCGGAGCUCUUCUCGGUGUCGGACCGGCUGCGCCUGGAGGAGGAAGUGGAGUCUUCCAAGGAACACAUCCGGCAGCUGCUGGAGUCCAUGGAGAACGAAGACAAGGAUGAGACCGUUGCCAGGACGUAUCUCUCGGAGCUGAAGAAUAUCCGUCUGCGCCUGGAGGAGUGUGAGCAGAGGCUAGUGAGCCGGAUCCAGUCCCCAAGCAGCACCCGAGCAGAUGGUGAUACUAUCCAGGAGAACACCAUCCGCAUUGCAGAGCAGGAGCGCUUGCAGGAGGAUCUGCAGCGGCUGCAAUCGGACCUGCGGUUCGUUUCUGAGAGAUGCUACAGCUUCCUCGAGAAGGCGCCCGCGGGGUCCAGCACGCCCCACUUGCGUUCCGAACUUGACUUGGUGGUGAACAAGAUGGACCAGAUGUGUGGGCUGUCUUCCAUCUACCUGGACAAGUUGAAGACAGUUGAUGUUAUUAUUCGUAACACCCAAGGAGCAGAGUCUCUGGUCAAAGGGUACGAGGUUAAGCUGAGCCAAGAGGAGGCAGUCCCCGCCGACCUGGCAGCUAUUCAGUCUCACAGAGCGGCGUUACAGCAAUGGCUCGGGGAAGUGAAGGACAAGAGCUCCGUCUUCUCCACGUUGGAGGAGGAGAUGGCAAAGGCGAAGGUGGUGGGAGAGCAGCUGUACCGGCUGAGACAAGAGCGCAGCAUCGACCUCGAGCGCUAUCAGGAGAAGGGAAGCCAGCUGUGGGAUCGCUGGCAGCGAGUCUGCGCCCAGAUUGAGACCCGCCACGCGGAGCUGGAGAGCAUCCAGGAGGUGCUGAGUGAUUACCGGCAGUGCCACAGUGCCCUAAUCCAGUGGAUCGAGGAGAUCACUGUCCAGCAGGAGCUGAUGAAGCCCGGGCAGGCGGAGGACAGCCGGGUGCUGUCGGAGCAGCUGAGCCAGCAAACGGCUUUGGCUGCAGAAAUUGAGAAAAAUCAAGCCAAACUGGACCAGUGCCAGAAAUUCUCCCAGCAAUACUCAGCUGCCGUCAAGGACUACGAGCUGCAGCUCAUGACGUACAGGGCAUUUGUCGAGUCGCAGCAGAAGUCUCCCAUGAAACGCCGGCGCAUGCUCUCGUCCUCGGACGCCAUCACGCAGGAGUUUAUGGAUUUGCGGACUCGCUAUACAGCUCUGGUAACGUUAACCACGCAGCACGUGAAGUACAUCAGCGAUGCUCUCCGGCGGCUGGAGGAGGAGGAGAAAGUAGUGGAGGAGGAGAAGCAGGAGCAUGUGGACAAGGUGAAGGAGCUCCUGGGCUGGGCCCUGGGCUUGAAGCAGAGCGUACAGGGCAGGACGGCGGCUGCCGGGAGCAGAGAGCUGGGCGACAUCGAGAAAUCCAUCUCGGAGCAGCAGGCCCUGAAUGAGGAGCUGGCUGCAAAGAAGGAGCAGGUCUCUGAGGCCAUCAAAACUUCACAAAUCUUCCUGGCAAAACACAGCCACAAGCUUUCCCAUCCAGAGAAGGAACAGAUUUCUGCUCAGAUCGGUGCCCUGAAGGAGACCUACCAGGCGCUCUGCAGCGACUCCACGGAGCAGCUCCAGCAGCUCCAGAGCCAGCUGGCUCAGGAGACGGAGCACAAGACGCUGCAGGAGCAGCAGGCAGCCCGGGCGCAGAGCCUGGCUGAGCUGAGCCGCUGGCUGCACCAGGCAGAGGACACGCUGGCAGAGCAGCAGAGAGUGGCCAGCGAAGGGGACCUGUCCGCCUUGCAGCAGAAGCAAAGCGAUGUUAAGGAGCUGCAGAGGAACAUGCACACCCGAGCCGCCUCCUUUGCCAGCGUCCUGAAAAGCACAGAGGAGUUUUUGGAGGAGAACAAGGCAAAGAUGGAGCCCGGGGAGCUGGCAGCCCUGCAAGAGAAGCUCCAGCGUGCCAAGGAGCAGUACCGGUCCCUGCAGGAGAGGACGGAGGUGGCCCAGAAGGAGCUGGAGAGCGCUGUGACUGCUGCAGUGCAGCAGGAGACUGAAAAGGUGAAAGCUGCCAAAGAGCUGGAGGAGAACAGCAAUAAGAUCGAUUCCCUUUUGAAGUGGGUGGCAUCGCUGGAGCAGAAGGGAGGGCUCCUGGAGUACAGACCGCACCCCAUCGAGCCAGCGGCAGGGGCGCGAGCGGGGACGGGCACUCGGGACGUCCCCGACAGCCGUGUCGUGGGAGCAGACAGCGCUGCCGAGAGCCUGGAUGAGGAGUACAAGAGGCUGAAGGCCCAGCACCAGGAGCUGCUGUCCCAGCAGCAGGACAUCAUCCUGGCCACGCAGUCGGCGCAGGCUUUCCUGGACAAGCAUGGCCACAGCCUGGCUGGGGAGGAACGGGACCAGCUCCAGGGCCAGCUGGCAGAGCUGAAGGACCAGUAUGCAGCUUCCCUCUCGCAGUCGGAAACGCGGCUGAAGCAAGUGCAAGUCCUGCGGGACGAGCUGCAGAAGUUCUUGCGGGAUCACGGGGAGUUUGAGGCUUGGCUGAAGCAAGCGGAGCAGGAUCUGGAGGGGAUGUACAAGGGGGACAGCGACCCCACGGCCCUCCGGCAGCUGCUCCUGCGACAGGGGAGCUUCUCAGAAGACGUCAUCUCCCACAAAGGCGACCUGCGGUUUGUUACCAUGUCAGGGCAGAAGGUGCUGGAUGCGGAGGGAGCUGCUGGGGACGCGGGGUCCCAGCUGCUGACGUCCGGGAGCGUGGUCAAGAGCAAGCUGGAGGAUGCAACGCAGCGAUACACCACGCUGCACUCCAAGUGCACCAAGCUCAGCUCCCACCUGAACACCUUGCUGGAUCACUACCAGCAGUUCCAGGAGGUGGCGGAGUCUCUCAGGACAUGGCUGCAGGAGAGCGAAGCUGCCGUUGGGAAACUGCUCUCGGAGACAGUUUCUUCAGAUCCGGCCAUUCUGCAAAAGCAGCUCACCAGCGCUAAGCAGCUGCAGGGAGACCUCGCUGAGCAUCAGGUGCUGGUGGAGAAGCUCCAGAAAGCGGCUCGGUCCCUGCUGGAGGUACAAGGGGAGCCGGCCCCGGACCACGGGCACAUUCAGGAAACAACCGAUGCCAUCGUGAGCCGCUUCCAGAGCCUCUCCCAGCAGAUGGCCGAGCGCUCGGACCUGCUGCAGAAAUCCAUUGCCCAGUCCCAGAGCGUCCAGGAGAGCCUGGAGAGCCUCCUCCAGUCGGUGGCUGAGAUUGAGAAGAACCUGGAGGGAGAGCAGCCGGCCGUGCUCUCCUCCACCUCCAUCCAGGACUCACUGGCCACAAACGUGAAGCUGAAGCAGGACAUCGCCAGGCAGAAGAGCUGCCUGGAAGCCACCCGUGAGAUGGUGACGCGGUUCAUGGAGGCAGCGGACAGCCCCACGGCCUCUGCCCUGCAGGGCAAGCUGGCAGAGGUGACGGAGCAUUUCGGCAGGCUCUGCCAGCAGCAGCGGGAGAGGGAGGACGCGCUGAAGGGCCUCCUGCCGAAGGUCGAGCAGUAUGAGCAGCUCUCGGAGAAGUUGCGGCAGUUCACGGAGAGCAGAGCGCGGAUGUUGGCAUCUGGGAACCAGCCAGACCGGGACAUCGCUCACUUCUCCCAGCACAUCCAGGAACUGAAUUCGGAGAUGAGGCGGCACCAGGAGGACCUGGCCGCCCUGGAGCACCUGGCUGCAGAGCUGGGCUCCUGCGGCUUCGCCCCCGGCGCCUCCCAGCAGCAGGAGAAGCUGCAGAGCCUGAAGAAAGACUUCCUGCAGCUGCAGAAGGUGGCGAAAGAGAGAGAAAAGGAUGCGUCGUCCUGCCAGGAGCAACUGGAUGAAUUUCGGAAGCUGGUCGGGGCUGUGAGGAAGUGGCUGAGGGAGAGCGAAGGCAAAAUGCCGCCUGCCGAGACCUCCCUGGGCACCCAGGAGCUGCACAAGCGCAGGCAGCAGAUCCAGGAUCUCCUGGAGGAGUGGAAGGGGAAGGGGGCCCAGGUGGAGGAGAUCGGCCGCAGAGGGACCCUCCUGGAGAACCUGAUCGUGGAGAUUACGGCCCCUGACACCCCGUCCAAGGCAGGUGCUGCGCUGCCCGCUCCAGGAGGGUCGGUAGGCAGCGUGAACGGAUACCACACGUGCAAAGAUCUGACCGAGAUCCAGUGCGAUGUGGCGGACGUGAGCCAGCAGUACCAGGGCCUCGGCGCGGCGCUGCGGGAACGCCAACAGCAGCUCUCGGCUAUGCUGGAGAAGAUGCAAGAAGUGCAGGAGGAGGCAAGCUCGAUGCUGAAGUGGCUGGAGUCGAAGGAACGAACACUGUCAGAGCUGGACGCCUCCUCCUCACCCACCAAGACGGAGACGAUGAGAGCCCAGGCUGAGCACAACAAGGCAUUUCUGGCUGAAUUGGAACAGAAUUCUGGGAAAAUCCAGAAGGUAAAGGAAGCACUUUCUGGCUUGCUGGAGAAAUACCCAGAUUCUCCAGAAGCAGCAAACUGGAAGAAGAUGCAGGAGGACCUGAAUUGCAGGUGGGAAAGAGCCAGCCAGGCGACGGCCGAGCGGCAGCAGAAGCUGGAGGAGUCGGCGAACCAGCUGGCCAGCUUCCAGGCUGCCGAAGCCCAGCUGCGCCCCUGGCUCAUGGAGAAGGAGCUGAUGAUGAGCGUGCUGGGACCCCUCUCCAUCGACCCGAACAUGCUGAACGCGCAGAAGCAGCAGGUCCAGUUUAUGCUGAAGGAAUUUGAAGCUCGCAGACAACAGCACGAGCAGCUCAACCAGGCAGCUCAGAGCAUCUUGACUGGCCCUGGAGAUGUUUCUCCAUCCACUAACCAGGUGCGGGAAGAGCUCCAAGGGGUUAAUCAGAAAUGGUCUGAGCUAACAGAACGCCUCAACUCCCGCUCCAGCCAAAUAGACCAAGCCAUAGUGAAGAGUACCCAGUACCAGGAGCUCCUCCAGGGCCUCUCCGAGAAGGUGAAGGCAGUUGGGCAGCGCCUGAGCAGCCAGUCUGCCGUCAGCACGCAGCCCGAUGCCGUGAAACAGCAGCUGGAGGAAACCAGUGAGAUCCGCUCGGAUCUGGAGCAGCUGGAAGAGGAGAUCGCAGAGGCUCAGACCCUCUGCGAUGACCUCUCUGUCCUGAUCGGGGAGCAGUAUCUCAAAGAUGAGUUAAGGAAACGUCUGGAGACGGUGGCGCUUCCUCUCAAAGGCCUGGAAGACCUGGCAGCCGACCGGAUGAACCGACUGCAGACUGCACUUGCAAGUUCCCAGCAGUUCCAGCAUAUGUUUGAUGAACUCAGGACCUGGCUAGAUGACAAACUGUGCCAGCAAGCUCAGAGCCAACCGAUUUCUGCUAAACUGGAGAGGCUACAGAGCCAAAUUCAGGAACAAGAAGAGUUCCAGAAGAGCCUCAACCAACACAGUGGCUCCUACGAGAUGAUUGUAGCCGAGGGAGAAUCUUUGCUGCUUUCUGUCCAGCCUGGGGAGGAGAAGACCACUCUGCAAAACCAGUUGGUCAGCCUCAAAACACACUGGGAAGAGCUCAGCAAACAGGCUGCUGAUAGACACUCUAAGCUCAAGGACUGUUUGCAGAAAGCUCAGAAGUACCAACGGCACACGGAGGACCUCCUCCCUUGGGUGGAGGACUGCAAGGCAAAGAUGUCAGAGCUGGAAGUAACUCUGGAUCCGGUGCAGCUGGAGGCAACUCUUCUGAGAUCAAAGGCUAUGCUGAGCGACGUGGAGAAGCGUCGCUCCUUGCUGGAGAUGCUGAACAGCGCUGCCGACAUCCUGAUUGAUGCUUCUCAAACCGAUGAGGAUGACAUUCGGGAUGAGAAGGCUGGGAUCAAUCAGAAGAUGGAUGCCAUCACAGAAGAGCUGCAAGCCAAGACGGGCUCCAUCGAAGAAAUGUCACAGAGGCUCAAGGAGUUUCAAGAGAGCUUCAAGAACAUUGAGAAGAAGCUGGAAGGGGCGAAGCACCAGCUGGAGAUCUAUGAUGCCCUAGGGCCGCAAGCCUGCAGCAACAAGAAUUUGGAGAAGCUCAGGGCACAGCAGGAGGUACUGCAGGCCCUGGAGCCACAAGUGGAUUAUCUGAAAAACUUCACUCAAGGUCUAGUAGAAGAUGCCCCAGAUGGGUCCGACUGUUCCCAGCUCUUAAGCCAAGCUGAGGUGGCUCAGCAGGACUUCAAAGCUGUGAAGCAGAAAGUAAAUGACUGCUGUACGCUCAUGGAAAACAAGCUCGAAGGGAUUGGCCAAUUCAAUAAUCGGGUGAGGGAGAUGUUCUCUCAACUGGCAGAUCUUGAUGAUGAGUUAGACAGCAUGGGCCCCAUCGGGAGAGACUCUGACAGCCUUCAGUCCCAAGCAGAGGACGUUCGCACCUUCCUGGGCAAACUCCACAGGCUGAAGUCUGACAUUGAAGCUUCUGAAAGUGAAUGUAAGAAGAUGCUGGAGGAUGAAGGGAGCCCUGAUUUAUUAGGACUGAAACGUGAACUGGAGACGCUGAAUAAACAGUGCAGCAAACUGACCGAGAGAGGCAAGAACCGUCAGGAGCAGGUAGAAACGACGCUGUCUCGUGUUGAGGACUUUUACAGCAGGCUGAAGGAGCUGACCCACAUGACAACCGCGGCAGAGGAGAACGAGGCAUUGCAGUGGGUGGUGGGAACAGAGGUGGAAACCAUCAACCAGCAGUUGGCAGACUUCAAGCUGUUCCAGAAGGAGCAAGUGGAUCCUCUCCAGCUAAAACUACAGCAAGUCAAUGGAGUUGGUCAAGGGCUCAUCCAAAGCGCCGGGAAAAACUGUGACGUCCAAGGGCUGGAGCAUGACAUGGAAGAAAUCAACACCCGCUGGAACACCCUCAACAAGAAGGUGGCCCAAAGAGUUGCCCAGCUGCAAGAGGCCCUGUUGCACUGCGGGAAGUUUCAGGAUGCCCUGGAGCCGUUGCUGAGCUGGCUGGCGGACACCGAGGAGCUCAUCUCCAACCAGAAGCCUCCCUCCGCGGAGUACAAGGUGGUGAAAGCCCAGAUCCAGGAGCAGAAGCUGCUCCAGCGACUCCUGGACGAUCGCAAAGCCACUGUUGAGAUGAUCCAAGCGGAGGGAGGGAGGAUCGCGCAGUCAGCCGAGCCCGCGGAUCGGGAGAAGAUUGUCGGCCAACUGGAGAGCCUGGAGCGGCGCUGGGCAGGGCUGCUGGGCAGGGCGGCCGGCAGGCAGAAGCAGCUGGAGGACAUCUUGGUCCUGGCAAAGCAGUUCCACGAAACCACGGAGCCUGUGUCGGACUGGCUGUCGGUGACGGAGAAGAAACUGGCCAACUCGGAGCCCAUCGGUACCCAGACUGCCAAAAUCCAGCAGCAGAUCAGUCGGCACAAGGCUUUAGAGGAAGAGAUAGAGAGCCACGCGGCCGACGUGUCUCGGGCGGUCGGUGUCGGGCAGUCCCUCUCCUCCCUGAGCUGUGCCGCUGAGCGGAGGCUGCUGGCAGAGAAGCUAGACUCUCUGCAGACCCGCUACGGCGAGGUCCACGACCGGUGCUGCCGGAAGGCAGCGCUGCUGGAUCAGGCGCUGUCUAACGCCAGGCUCUUUGGGGAGGAGGAGGUGGAAGUGCUCAACUGGCUGGCUGAGGUCGAGGACAAGCUCGGCUCGGUAUCCGUAAAGGAUUACAAACGGGACGUCCUGCAGAAGCAGCAUGCCGACCAGCUGGCUUUGAACGAGGAAAUUGUGAACAGGAAGAAGAACGUGGACCAAGCCAUUAGAAACGGGCAAGCUCUUCUGAAGCAAACCACAGGGGAGGAGGUGUUGCUGAUCCAGGAGAAGCUGGAUGGGAUUAAGACCCGCUAUUCGGACAUCACCGCUGCCAGCUCCAAGGCGCUGCGCACGCUGGAGCAGGCUCGGCAGCUGGCCACCAAGUUCCAGUCCACGCAUGAGGAGCUCACCGGCUGGAUGAGCAAAGUGGAGGACGAGCUGGCUUCCAGCGGGGGACGGUCCCCCGCCGGCGAGCAGAUACCCCAGUUCCAGCAAAGACAAAAGGAGCUGAAGAAGGAGGUGAUGGAGCACAGGCUCGUCCUGGACACGGUGAACGAGGUGAGCCGAGCCCUCUUGGAGCUGGUUCCCUGGCGAGCCCGCGAAGGGCUGGAUAAACUCGUGUCGGACACCAACGAGCGCUACAAGGUGGUCAGCGACACCAUCAAGCAGAGGGUGGAAGAAAUCGAUGCUGCUAUUCAGAGGUCUCAACAGUACGAGCAGGCGGCCGACGCGGAGCUGGCCUGGGUGGCUGAGACCAAGCGGAAGCUGAUGGCUCUGGGUCCCAUCCGCCUGGAGCAGGACCAGACGACGGCUCAGCUGCAGGUGCAGAAGGCUUUUUCCAUCGACAUUAUUCGGCACAAAGACUCCAUGGAUGAACUGUUCAGCCAGCGCAAUGAGAUCUUUGGGACGUGCGGGGAGGAACAAAAAGCCGUUCUCCAGGAGAAAACCGAGUCCCUGGUGCAACAGUACGAAGCCGUGAGCCAGCUCAACUCGGAGCGCUACGCUCGCUUGGAGCGCGCCCAGGUCCUGGUCAACCAGUUCUGGGAGACCUACGAGGAGCUGAACCCUUGGAUCGAGGAGACGCAAGCCCUCAUCUCCCAGCUGCCCCCUCCGGCCAUCGAUCACGAGCAGCUGAAGCAGCAGCAGGAGGACAUGAGGCAACUGAGAGAGUCCAUUGCUGAACAUAAGCCUCAUAUUGACAAGCUGCUGAAAAUCGGACCGCAGCUCAAGGACCUCAACCCCGAGGAAGGGGAGAUGGUGCAGAAAAAAUACUCGACGGCUGAGGCCAUGUAUGCCAAAAUCAAGGAGGAGGUGUGCCAGCGGGCUCUCGCGCUCGACGAAGCCGUCUCGCAGUCCACCCAGAUUACGGAGUUCCACGAUAAGAUCGAGCCCAUGCUGGAGACGCUGGAGACCCUCUCCUCCCGCCUGCGCAUGCCGCCCCUCAUCCCCGCCGAGGUCGAUAAGAUCCGGGAGUGCAUCAGCGAGAACAAAAACGCCACCGUGGAGCUGGAGAAGCUGCAGCCCUCCUUCGAGGCUCUGAAACGCCGCGGGGAAGAGCUGAUCGGCCGAUCACAGGGAACAGACAAGGACCUGGCAGCAAAAGUCAUCCAGGAUAAGUUGGAUCAGAUGGUCUUCUUCUGGGAAGAUAUCAAAGCUCGGGCGGAGGAACGUGAAAUGAAGUUCCUUGAUGUGCUGGAGCUUGCAGAGAAGUUCUGGUACGACAUGGCAGCCCUCCUGACUACCAUCAAAGACACGCAGGACAUCGUUCACGACCUGGAGAGCCCAGGCAUUGACCCCUCCAUCAUCAAGCAGCAGGUGGAAGCGGCAGAGACUAUUAAAGAGGAGACGGAUGGCUUGCAUGAAGAGCUGGAGUUCAUCCGACUCCUUGGAACUGAUUUAAUUUUUGCCUGUGGCGAAACUGAGAAGCCAGAAGUGAAGAAGAGCAUUGAUGAGAUGAACAACGCGUGGGAAAAUCUAAACAAAACGUGGAAGGAGAGGCUUGAAAAGCUUGAAGAAGCCAUGCAGUCGGCUGUGCAAUACCAAGAUACGCUUCAAGCCAUGUUCGACUGGCUGGAUAACGCCGUGAUCAAACUCUGCAACAUGUCUCCUGUCGGCACUGACCUCAACACGGUUAAGGAGCAAAUGAACGAGAUGAAGGAGUUUAAAAUGGAGGUUUACCAGCAGCAGAUUGAGAUGGAAAAGCUUAAUCACCAAGGUGAACUGAUGCUAAAAAAAGCUACAGAUGAGACAGACAGAGACAUCAUAAAGGAACCACUGACAGAGCUGAAACAUCUCUGGGAGAAUUUGGGCGAGAAAAUUGCUCACAGACAGCAUAAGUUAGAAGCCGCUCUCCUGGCGCUCGGCCAGUUCCAGCACGCGUUGGCGGAGCUGAUGGCCUGGCUGACCCACACCGAGGAGCUGCUCGACGCACAAAAACCCAUCAAUGGAGACCCAAAAAUCAUCGAGGUUGAACUCGCAAAGCACCAUGUGCUGAAGAACGACGUCCUGGCCCACCAAGCGACCGUGGAGACGGUGAACAAAGCGGGCAACGAGCUGCUGGAGUCGAGCGCAGGGGACGAUGCGAGCAGCCUGCGAAACCGCCUGGAGAAGCUGAACUCGUGCUGGGAGUCGGUGCUGCAGAAGACGGAGGAGAGGGAGCAGCAGCUGCAGUCCACGCUCCAGCAGGCCCAGGGUUUCCAUGGUGAGAUUGAAGACUUCCUCCUGUGGCUAACGAGGAUGGAGAGCCAAUUGUCGGCAUCAAAACCCACAGGAGGUCUGCCAGAAACUGCCCGGGAGCAGCUCAAUGCCCACAUGGAGCUGUACGGCCAGCUGAAAGCCAAGGAGGACGUCUACAGUCAGCUGCUGGCCUAGGGGCGACUGAUGCUGCUGAACCGCGACGACUCCGGCUCUGGCUCAAAGACGGAGCAGAGCGUAGCGCUGCUGGAGCAGAAAUGGUGUCUGGUCAGCACCAAGAUGGAGGAGAGAAAGGCGAAGCUGGAGGAGGCACUGGCCCUGGCCACGGACUUCCAGAACUCCCUCCAGGACUUCAUCAACUGGCUGACGCUGGCCGAGCAGAGCCUGAACAUCGCGCCCCCGGCCAGCCUCAUCCUCAACGCCGUGCUGGCCCAGAUCGACGAGCACAAGGUGUUCGCCAACGAGGUGAACGCUCAUCGGGAUCGGAUCAUCGAGCUGGAUCAAACCGGCAACCAGCUGAAGUUUCUCAGUCAAAAGCAGGAUGUGGUGUUGAUCAAGAACCUGCUGGUGAGCGUCCAGUCCCGCUGGGAGAAGGUCGUCCAGCGCUCAGUGGAGCGGGGACGGGCUCUUGAUGAUGCUAGGAAGCGAGCCAAGCAGUUCCAUGAAGCUUGGAAGAAACUGGUUGAUUGGCUGGAGGACGCAGAGAAUCACCUGGACUCGGAGCUGGAGAUUUCCAAUGAUCCUGACAAAAUCAAGCUCCAGCUCUCCAAACACAAGGAGUUCCAGAAGACGCUGGGCGGGAAGCAGCCCGUCUACGACACCACCAUCAGGACGGGCAGAGCCCUCAAAGAAAAAGCCUUGCUUCCAGAUGACACUCAAAAGCUGGACAAUUUACUGGGAGAAGUCCGGGAUAAGUGGGACACAGUGUGCGGGAAAUCUGUGGAAAGGCAGCACAAGCUGGAAGAAGCCCUCUUGUUCUCUGGUCAGUUCAUGGAUGCGCUGCAGGCCUUGGUGGACUGGCUCUACAAGGUGGAACCCCAGUUGGCUGAAGACCAGCCUGUCCACGGUGACCUGGAUCUGGUCAUGAACCUGAUGGAUGCUCACAAGGUUUUCCAGAAGGAGCUGGGGAAGCGCACGGGGACGGUCCAGGUGCUCAAGCGCUCUGGCCGGGAGCUCAUCGAGAACAGCCGGGACGACACGACCUGGGUGAAGGUGCAGCUGCAGGAGCUGAGCAACCGGUGGGACACGGUGUGCAAGCUGUCCGUGUCCAAACAAACCCGUCUGGAACAGGCCUUGAAGCAGGCAGAGGAGUUCAGGACGGCUGUGCACGUGCUGCUGGAGUGGCUCUCGGAGGCAGAGCAGUCCCUGCGCUUUCGGGGAGCGCUGCCCGACGACGCCGAGGCGUUGCAGUCCCUCAUUGACACACACAAGGAGUUCAUGAAGAAAGUGGAGGAGAAGAGAGUGGACAUGAACGCGGCGGUGUGCAUGGGGGAGGUCAUCCUGGCCGCCUGCCAUCCCGACUGCAUCACCACGAUCAAACACUGGAUCACCAUCAUCCGAGCCAGGUUCGAGGAGGUUCUCACGUGGGCGAAGCAGCACCAGCAGAGACUGGAGUCUGCGCUUUCCGAGCUGGUGGCAAAUGCAGAGCUUCUAGAAGAGCUCCUGGCUUGGAUCCAGUGGGCUGAGACAACCCUGAUGCAGCGGGACCAGGAGCCCAUGCCGCAAAAUAUCGAUCAGGUCAAAGCCCUCAUCUCCGAACACCAGUCCUUUAUGGAGGAGAUGACACGGAAACAGCCAGACGUGGACCGGGUCACGAAGACGUACAAGAGGAAAGCUACUGAGCCCCCCCACGGGCCUUUCAUCGAGAAGUCGCGCAGCAACAGUACGUCUCCGCUCGAUUCACGGCUUUCGGUGAAACGUGCUACGAUGGGAGGAAAUGAAACGCAUAGGAAACUAAUUAACUUUGAUUAUCAAUUAACAAGGCAUCCUGCAUUGACAGCCACCAGGAAGCGAAACGAGGCCCUGGACAGACGGGAGGAGUUGAAGGAGUUUGCAAACUUCGACUUCGAUGUCUGGCGGAAGAAGUAUAUGCGCUGGAUGAACCACAAGAAAUCCCGCGUCAUGGACUUCUUCCGGCGCAUCGACAAAGACCAAGAUGGGAAGAUCACCCGGCAGGAGUUCAUCGAUGGCAUCCUGGCCUCUAAAUUCCCCACCACGAAGCUGGAGAUGACUGCGGUGGCCGACAUCUUUGACCGUGACGGCGACGGCUACAUCGAUUACUAUGAGUUUGUGGCUGCUCUCCAUCCCAACAAGGAUGCCUACCGCCCCACCACUGAUGCCGACAAGAUCGAAGAUGAGGUCACCAGGCAAGUGGCCCAGUGCAAGUGUGCCAAGAGAUUUCAAGUGGAGCAGAUCGGCGAGAACAAAUACCGGUUCGGCGAUUCCCAGCAGCUGCGGCUGGUCCGUAUCCUGCGGAGCACGGUCAUGGUCCGUGUCGGCGGAGGGUGGAUGGCCCUGGAUGAAUUUUUAGUGAAGAAUGAUCCUUGCAGAGCACGAGGACGGACCAACCUUGAGCUCCGAGAGAAAUUCAUCUUGCCGGAGGGAGCCUCCCAAGGAAUGACACCGUUCCGAUCACGAGGCCGAAGAUCAAAACCGUCCUCGCGGGCAGCCUCCCCGACACGAUCCAGUUCCAGUGCCAGCCAGAGCAACCACAGCUGCGCCUCCAUGCCAUCCUCUCCCGCAACUCCAGCCAGCGGAGCCAAGGUGACCCCCUCCGCGGGCAGCAAGCUGAAGCGACCCACCUUCCACUCCAGCCGCACCUCCCUGGCUGGGGACACCAGUAACAGCUCCUCACCGGUCUCUACAGGUGCCAAAACCAGUCGGGCAGAUCCCAAAAAAACAGCCAGUCGUCCCACCAGCCGCGCCGGGAGCCGCACGGGCAGCCGGGCCAGCAGCCGGCGGGGCAGCGACGCCUCCGAUUUUGACCUGCUGGAAACGCAGUCGGCGUGCUCGGACACUUCGGAGAGCAGCGUGGCCGGCGGGCAGGGCGGCUCGCGCCGGGGAAUGGCCAAGCCCUCCAAAAUCCCGACCAUGUCCAAGAAAACAACCACUGCCACCCCGAAAACUCCAGGCCCUAAAAGAUAA